AUGGAGCCACACACCUGGUUUCGAAAGUGUCAGGUCGCCCCCGGCACUGUGAUUUCGCUUACAUCACCUGCCCCCUCCACCUGGAGAAUCAUAUCUAAGGUGAAUGAAAAGGAGCACCAGAUGGACGAAGAAGAUAUCCGGAGCGGCUCUCAGCCCUCCUUCGCUGCUAUAAAGCUUCUUUGCCAUGAUGAAAGCGACCCAAACCCAAACCAACAGGCCCUGAUGCGGAUCUACCAGCAGAUCCCCUGGAUAGGCACUGAGAUUGAGCCUGCGCGCAUCCGAGCUCCACAGGCAACAUCAUACACGCAUAUCGAGCUUGAAGCACUUCGCAAUAUGACUGAAGGAGGAUCAGAUAUAACGCCUAAGCUGCUCGCGUGGUCAGAGGGCAAACAGGAUGAGGACGGGGUGGUCCCAGGCGGUUACUUGACCCAUCUGGUCUGGGAGAUUGUUCCUGGCGUGUGUCUGGGCAAGGAGAUAGAUCCAGCACCUUUUUGGGAGCUGCCAAGGGAACAGCGCGACGCCGUGCGGACUGCCUUUGAGAAUGGAUAUAACCAAAUGAUGUCUCUGGGAUAUUAUCCGAUCUUCGCUGCACCGAGAAAUUUGGUAUGGAACUGGGAGAGACGAAAUUUGUACUUUGUCGGCUUCUUCGAUUGUAAGCGCGGAGACAUCAAAUAUAAAUGGAAUAUCAAAUUCCUACCUCAAUAUGGCUUGGUCAAGGUGCCAGACAGGAAAUGGUGUAGCCGGGACUGGAAUGGAGAUACAAGUGGAUGGGAGUUCUAG